GCCGCCGCCAUCCCCCCCAGCCGCAGCAGGGCGGCGGGCUCCGCCCGCGGCCGCCCGGUCCGGGCUCGCCGAAGUCUUCCCCUAAAAAAAAAAAAAAAAAACUUGUCCCACCUAUAGGUCCAUCUUGUUUAGAAACAGUUUGCGCUAAGGUAAAUGCAGCGGGCAGAUUCCACUCACCCCCCCGCAUGCCGUUAAGCCCGGGGCGGGGAGGAAAAAAAAAUAAACCCACCCCGGCGGCGGCCCAUGCGGCGGCGCUCGGCGGCGGCGGGGCGGCGGCGGGCGGCCGCGGGCCGGGGGCUGCGCGGCGCGGCCGCCGUGAAUGUGCAGGCGGCGGAGGGCGGUUAGGCGUUCGCGGCGCUCGCAGCGGUGUAUUGUGGGAGGCCGCCGCCGCCAGCAGCGAGCACACACAAUAUGUGGUGGCUCGCGAAAACGGGAGGCAGGAGCCUGGCGGCCAGCCCGCGCCGGUAACCGGCCCCAUGUGAGACGGGAGCUCGCCUUUCGCCGCCCGGAGACGAUCGGCCACCGAGCGCGAUGUCUUUCCGAGAGAUCAAGGCGGGGGAAAAAGCCAAGCACCCUGAAGAUCAUGGCAAAAAGCAGAGUUCAAGUUGGAUCAACGGAAUGGAGAACAGCACGCAAGCCAGCACUUCUGUCGAGAAAAGAAAUCACCAUUGGAGAAGUUACAAGUUGAUUAUUGACCCGGCUCUGAAAAAAGGACAGCACAAACUCUACCGUUACGAUGGGCAACAUUUCAGCAUGCCUAACUCGGGAAUCGCUCCUGUGGAUUGUGUCAGGGAUCCCAGAAUAGGGCGAAUAUGGACCAAAACUAAGGAGUUGGAGCUGUCUGUCCCCAAAUUCAAGAUUGAUGAAUUUUACGUGGGGCCAGUGCCUCCCAAGCAGGUCACCUUUGCCAAGCUGAACGACAACAUCCGCGAAAACUUUUUGACCGACAUGUGCAAGAAAUACGGCGAAGUGGAAGAGGUGGAGAUUCUCUACAACCCCAAGAACAAGAAGCACCUGGGCAUUGCCAAAGUGAUCUUUGCCACUGUCAAGGGUGCCCGGGAGGCCGUCCAGCACCUUCACAACACCUCUGUCAUGGGCAACAUCAUCCACGUGGAGCUGGAUACGAAAGGUGAAACCCGCAUGCGAUUCUAUGAACUGCUCGUUAAUGGUCUUUACACUCCUCAGACCCUUCCUGUAGGCACCGAACAGGAUGUAUCGCCAACUGUAAAUGAAACUCUCCAGUUGACGGAUUCCCUGAAGCGCCUGAAAGACAGUAACCUUUCUUCUGCGGGAUCAUCUGUUACCCCAAACAGUAGCACGCCAUUUUCCCAUGACACAGCCUAUUCCAGCUGUCGGCAAGACACCCCAAACUCGUACAGCCAAUUUACCCCACAGUCCCAAGGCACACCUCACACCCCACGGUUAGGGACGCCGUUUUCCCAGGAUUCCACCUAUUCUAGUCGUCAGACAACGCCUGUGUACCAUUUUGGGCAGGACAGUGGGUACAAACCCAGGAGACACGAAACAAAAUUUACAGAUGCCUACAACCGUCGACCAGGACAUCACUAUGUUCAUAACUCGGCAGGUGUUUACCGAGGGACAGAGCAUCAGUUUAGUACAUACAAAUCCCAUCAGCAGGAGCCAGUUCAGUUCUCUCACACUCCUCCCCUGAGCCACUCUAGUUCUUCGAGCUACAAAUCUGCCUUCUCUCCCUACCAAGCACCAGCUGUAUUUCCUCAAUCUGAUGAGCAGCAGUUUCCCCAAACUUCCAGGGAAACAGAGUACCGAAGACCUGUGCCACCUCCCACUGAGAUGGUUGUGGAAAGCAGCACUGCCACUAACAUCGAUUUUGUCCCAGUGAAGGAGAAACAGGAGGACCCUCCGCCCUUGCCCGAUUCAAACUCUGUUCCUGAACCAAGCACAGCAUCCUUCUCUCAGACUCCAGAGAGAAGUGAGACCCCUGGCACCCCCACCAUGGAGUCUGAAAUGCAGCAUAACAGUUUAGACUCAAGGAUUGAGAUGCUCUUAAAAGAGCAGAGAACAAAGUUACCCUUUCUUAACGAGCAUGACUCGGAUAAUGAGAUCCGAAUGGAAGGUAGCCCUAUUUCUUCUUCUUCUUCCCAGCUCUCUCCCAUCCCAAUGUACAGUUCAAACUCUCAGCCCGGUUACAGAGGUCAGACACCUUCGUCGCGCCCUUCCAGCACAGGCUUGGAGGACAUUAGCCCAACGCCGUUACCUGACUCUGAUGACGAGGAGCCCAUCCCUGGGACGGCUUCUCUGAGUCAGAAUUCACGGGGGACAUCGGAGGCCAGCAUGACUCCCAUUGAUCAGCUGAGCAGGACCUCCAAAAUUGAGACCUCGGAAGCUAAAGAAAUGGUGCCUGGUGACCAGACUCCGACGUCAGAAAAAAUGGAUGAGGGUCAGCAUUCUUCAGGGGAGGACAUGGAAAUCUCUGAUGACGAGACCAACCCUGCACCCAUCACCAGUGCAGAAUGUGCCAAAACCAUUGUGGUGAACUCCUCUGUCAGCAACACAGCCGUGAUGGCCCCGUCGAUUCCCCCCAUGCCACCACCAGGAUUCCCUCCUCUUCCUCCUCCGCCGCCUCCACAGCCAGGCUUCCCGAUGCCUCCGCCGCUACCUCCGCCACCUCCACCCACUCACCCCGCCGUCACCGUCCCCCCGCCUCCGCUCCCUGCACCUCCUGGGGUCCCUCCGCCUCAUAUCUUGCCUCCGCUUCCUCCAUUCCACCCUGGCAUGUUCCCUGUCAUGCAAGUGGAUAUGAUAAGUGUCUUGGGCAACCAGUGGGGUGGCAUGCCAAUGUCCUUCCAGAUGCAAACUCAGAUGCUGAGCCGCAUGAUGCAGGCGCAAAACACAUACCAGUAUCCACCUUUCAUGACGGGCCGGAUGCAGUUUGUGAAUCUUCCGCCCUACCGCCCCUUCUCAAUGGGAGCAGCUCUUGGUCGUGGACAGCAGUGGCCACCACUGCCCAAGUUUGACCCCUCAGUUCCACCACCAGGUUAUGAGCCGAAGAAGGAAGAUCCCCACAAAGCCACUGUGGAUGGAGUCCUCCUGGUCAUAGUGAAGGAACUAAAGGCUAUCAUGAAAAGGGACCUGAACCGGAAGAUGGUUGAAGUGGUAGCGUUUCGGGCAUUUGAUGACUGGUGGGAUAAGAAGGAACGUCUGGCAAAGGCGUCUCUCACUCCAGUGAAGUCUGGAGGAGAACUGGAGGAGAAACCAAAGCCAAAGGAUCGAAUCACAUCUUGUCUUUUGGAGAACUGGAACAAAGGAGAAGGCCUAGGAUAUGAGGGCAUUGGCUUGGGCAUUGGGUUACGAGGGGCCAUCCGGUUGCCAUCCUUCAAGGUGAAAAGAAAGGAGCCACCUGAAGCUGCCUCAGCAGGAGAUCAGAAGAGAAUCCGGCCUUCUACUUCUGUCGAUGAUGAAGAUGAAGAGUCGGAGAGGGACAGGGAUGCUUCCGAUACAACAUCUGACCUGUCAAAGAAGGAUGCAGAAGCAGUGGGGCUGAGGCGGCGACCAGCAAGGCCGCUGGAGCUUGACAGUGAGGGAGAAGAGGGAGAUGAAACAUCAGAGAAAGAGGAAGAGUCCUCCUCAGAGAAGGAAGAGGAGCAGGAAGAAGGAGGCUUGGUGAAAGCAGCACCUGGCAAGGAGGAAGAGGAGGAUGAGGAGGAGGAUGAAGAUGAUGAUGAGGAUGAAGAUGAUGAUGAUGACGAAGAGGAUGAUGAAGAUGAUGACGAGGAGGAGGAGGAGGAGACAGGCAUAGACACAAGUGACAAGGAAGAGGAGCAGGACUCUGAGGAGGAUGCAGCAAGUCCCUCGUCUUCCAAGGCUGAAGUUGAAUCAUCUGAUGAAAGUGAGGACUCCUCUGAAUUUGAGUCAAGUUCAGACUCAGAUGAUGAGGAUGAGGAUGAUGAAGAUGAGGAGGAAGAGGAGGAAGAGGUGGCUGAAGAUCAAGACAGAGAAGCCAUGGUUGCUGAGACAGAGCAUGAACCUGCUGGUCAUGAGCUUCCUGAUGAUGAGAAGGAGACUAUUUUGGAGCUGUAUCCUGUGGAUGACUACACGGAUCCAACAGACUUGAGACUCACAGAGCCAGCUUUGGCAGUGAAAGAUGAAGGCAUGGAAGAAAUCAAGGCAGGGGAAAGUGAAUGUGGUGAAGUCCCAGAGGCAUCUAUUGCUGCUGAAACACUGAAACACUUGGUUAUGCAAAGAGACCAGGAGACAAAACUUGCACUGUCUCCCAUCUGUGGGCCAGAGGAAGAGUCUGAACCCGCCACCAUGCUGGAGCCAGAGGCGCAGGAAGGUCCAAAGCCUGAAUCUCAAGAUGAAGUGCUCUGUCUCUCGACUCCAGUAGGAGUCUUCGGAGAACUUCUGCCCAAUAAAAGCAACUUCUUUAGCAAGUCUGACGACAGCAGCUUAGAAGCUCAUGUUAAAACAAAGCUGCCCUCUGCAGCAGAGGAAGACGAACGGGUGCCUCGCACGCCUGGACGGGAGGUGAUGAUCCAUUCGGAGACUGAUACUCUUUUGCUUCCAGCCCACAAGGUGCCAUCCUCCAUGCUUCCCUUACCACCGACUCCUGGUAAAGAAGAAUCUUUAGUCCCUCCAGAAAAGUUCCCUGAACAAUUAAUGGUGACCAAAACGUCUGUGGAAGAGGAGAUUCCUAGGACGCCUGGGCGGGACAUUUUGGCCAAGUCUUCACACCCUCUUGCGAAGUCACAGAGCACGGACACUGUUCCAGCCACGCCAGGAAGCGAUGCUUCCCUUAUGGGAAGCAGCUUGACCCUCAGUUCCCCUCAAGUCCCAGGGAGCCCCUUUUCCUACCCAUCCCAAUCUCCUGGCAUUAACAGUGGCAUUCCUCGGACUCCUGGGAGAGAUUUCAAUUUCACGCCUACUUUCCCAGAGGCUGGUGCUACCAUUCCUUGCCUUCUGCCUGGCAAGAAACAGUCAGAGGAUGAGCUAGAUGAGAAACCCUUUAAAGAGCCUCUUGGUGCUUCCCUUACGAUCAGCAUGAACAAUGUUCCUUCCCCUAUUCCCUUUGCCAGCCCCCCCCAAGCAGAUUUCCACACGGACAUGGGUUUGCCACCUGAUGAGCCAAUACCUGUAGCAGCCCUGCCAUGCAUGCAUGGAGAUGGAAGAAUGCCCCUUGAGGAAUGCAAGGCAGAAGUAAAAUCUGUUUUGCUCUCACCAGAAGUACCCACUGGUGCUUCUAUUCUUCCUCCCCCACCACCGCCUUCUGUUCUUCCCAAAAGGAGGCCAGGUCGGCCAAAACGGUCACCACCUUCUGUCCUCUCGUUGGAUGUGUACUCGGGCAAAACCAUAGAACCUCCUCCUGUGCCAGUGGCCUUGGUGGAAAGUACUGUGGGCAAAGAGCUGUUGAGUGGACAUCCUGAUGCUUUCUAUGGACUGAAAGACCCUGAAGCCGUCACCCUGGACUUCAGGAAUGAUGGUUUCCAUGAGAAAAUAGCAGCUGAGACAGUUGCAGAGAAACUGCCAUUUAAGGAACUGGAGAACCAGUGGAAUGAAGACUACAAGGAAGAAGAAGCUCACACGAAACCUAAAAGACAGUGGCGAAGGCAGAAGAAGACACCUGAGGACCUCCCAGUGAUUCCUUCCCCUGAGUAUUCCCCACCCCGGCCUCAGUUCAGGCCACGCUCCGAGUUUGAGGAGAUGACCAUUUUGUAUGAUAUUUGGAAUGGAGGCAUAGAUGAGGAAGAUAUCAAAUUCAUGUGUAUCACAUAUGACCGCUUGUUACAGCAGGACAAUGGUAUGGACUGGCUCAAUGACACCCUGUGGGUAUUCCAUCCUUCUACUAGCUUUUCUACCCCCAAGAAAAAGAAGCGGGAUGAUGGGAUGCGGGAGCAUGUGACGGGCUGUGCACGAAGUGAAGGCUAUUACAAAAUUGAUAAGAAGGACAAACUUAAAUACCUCAACAAUAGCCGAGCUUUUGCAGAGGAGCCUCCAGCUGACACGCAGGGUAUGAGCAUCCCUGCCCAACCUCAUGCUUCCACCCGGGCUGGCUCUGAGAGGCGGUCAGAGCAACGCAGGCUCCUCUCCUCCUUCACUGGUAGCUGUGACAGUGACCUGCUCAAGUUCAACCAGCUCAAGUUCCGGAAGAAAAAACUAAAAUUCUGCAAGAGCCACAUUCAUGACUGGGGCCUUUUUGCUAUGGAGCCCAUUGCAGCUGAUGAGAUGGUGAUUGAAUAUGUGGGUCAGAACAUCAGGCAGGUCAUUGCUGACAUGCGUGAAAAGCGAUACGAGGAUGAAGGCAUCGGAAGCAGUUACAUGUUCAGAGUCGAUCAUGACACCAUCAUCGAUGCCACGAAAUGCGGAAACUUCGCCAGGUUUAUUAAUCAUAGCUGCAAUCCAAAUUGUUAUGCUAAAGUGAUCACAGUGGAGUCUCAAAAGAAGAUCGUCAUCUACUCCAAACAGCACAUCAAUGUGAAUGAGGAAAUUACCUAUGACUACAAGUUUCCAAUUGAGGAUGUAAAAAUCCCAUGUCUAUGUGGCUCUGAGAACUGCAGGGGAACCCUGAACUGAACUCGAGGUUUCUCGUCACACUUGCACCUUCGGCCAUGUCAAAACUGUGGUAACCAGGUGUGGUUGCACUUUGCCAAAAAAAGAGAGAAAAAAAAAAAAAGAAAAAAGGAAGAAAAAAAAUUUAAAAGGAAAAAAAAACUAUUAAAAAAAAAACAAGAGAGGAAAAAAGAGAAGAAAAAAACCAAGCAAGUUUCGCACUUCUGCCAGGAUCACGAAUGGAAGCAAAAAGCGCACAUGCUUAUGAGGACUGUUCAUGUUUCAGGUGCUCUUUCCUUUUCAGAUCCAACACGCACACAAAAAGGUGACUACCGUUUUGUGGCAUGGUCUAUCCAAACACUAGCUUCUCUGUUCAGUCCCUACAUUAAUGCUCCAUAAUGGGAUAAUGGUACCUUUUUUAAAAUUGUCGUUAUAAACCUUCAUCUUUUCAUAAAUGCUGCUACCUUUUUCUCAUCAGUUUUGUUGGUUGAAAAAGACAUUCAACAUUUAAAUGUGAAGCAGAGACUGAAAAUGCCAUAUAGGAUUUGUUGGGAGCUUGAUUGGCUGAAAUUGCACAGAUUUCUCAGAGUAAGCUGUAAAUAAAUGUAAGAUUGAUGUUACAGAGCAAGCCAGAGGCUUGAGGGUGUGUGAAUGGGUGGGUGUGUGUGCUUGGGUGUGUGUAUGUAUGGAGAUGUGUCCACAAUGAGACUAUAGGUGAACUGUCCUGCCUUUUUGUUAGGGAUGAGCCUGAAUAAGUCCCCUAAGCCAGACGCCCCUGGGAAGAGUCAGGUCAGUCGCAGACCUCAACAUGGCGCCUUGGGCUCGUCUCUAAUUUUCAUAUGCCGUGCUGGUAUAUUGGGGGAUCAAAACCUCUGCACCUGUACCUGAAAAAUACUUGGAUACUGCAGUCAGUAGUAAGAAGUCGAGUCAGUUGUGUAGCUGUAGCAUCGUGGUAUGGCGUGUGGCCUUUGGGGAUGCCCGUUUCUUGGAGAUUGGUUUGUCUUGCAUGCAAAAAAGGCUGAGGCUGAAAUUAAGUAGACAAUUCAGCCCGUGUUUACGCUGUAGAAAUCUUACCCUCCUUGUAAGCAUACACUACGGCCCACAUUUAUAACAUGAUUUUCUUCCUGUAGGUAAGAAACAGGCUGAUGUGUGUCUUGUAUUAAUUUUUCUCAUUUUUGUCUGCAUUUCUCUGCCCUUCCAGCUUUUUACGUGGAGUAUUUGCUCUGUCCUUGAAUAUGGGAAAUGCCUCCUGUGAUAGGAACGAGCUGUGCCACGCCACUCUCCUCCCUCUGUUACUCAGUAACUUGCCCUGACAUGGUCACAUCCCUCCAGUAAGAACACAGUAAAAGUGUCCCUGAGAGCAGGCUGCGGGAGCAAUCCUGUCCUCCCCCAUCUACAGCAUGAAAAUGAAUGCUUCUUUAAAUUUGGAAGGCAUCUUUUGAAAUGAUUUUUUGAUAUGUUUUGUCCUUGUAGAUGUGCUGAGGUGAAGGUUGCAGUUCUUUGAGAGGUUCCAUUUUAAAAUGGGGCAAAACACCAAAGAAAUACUUCUUUGGAUGUAAUCUGGAAAUGUUACACGACUGUUCAGGUAUAGACAGGAUCAGUUUUUCAAUUUCUCCUGCUUUAAAAGUAGAGAUUAGUUGUACUAAAACCUUUUUAAUUGGCUUAUAAGGGGAAGUUGCAAUGUCAUUAUGAAAUAGGAGGAUUAUCUGCAUAACUAAACGUCUUCUCCCCACAGAACAAAUUGCUCAGCUGUAUUCUUGUAGCCUUUCAAAAUCAGUGAUAAUUGUCGUAUGACCACAGCUCCAUGAUCAGAGGUUACACUCUUGCAAAAGAGUUUCCUGGAAGUUUUUUCAUCUGUUACAUGUAAUUGCCAGGCCUGCACUGCAGAGUGGAGCUUGUAAUGUAGGUUAGACCACUGCAUCUGAAUUUCUUCUUCAGACAAAAGGCCUGAAAGAACAGGAGCACAGAGACUGCUACAAGCUGCCUUAAUACCUCCUGUAUUUCUGUCUGAGGGUGAGGAAAUUGUCACUGAGAUUCGACAGUCCAUAGUCUCAUCUCUGUUUUUGUUUGGUUUUUGUUCUGUUCCCCCCCCUCGCUUUAUAAAUCUCUCCAGCAAUUGGGUAAUGGUGACCUAGAACCUAAAAUUUUGAGAAGCACAACUAGUUUCUGUCAUUGAACAUUCGUUGUAACUGCGGCAAUGGCAGGAGCAUUUGGGAGUUAAACCAGCUGCCUUUUUUUUUUUUUUUUUUUUUUUUUUUUUAAAUAAGGUUCAUCUUGUUGUGUUGACGCUCCAAUUGGCAUCUCUACAGCUUGGCCUUUUCCUUUCAAAGCUUUGGGAAUGCACAGAAGUUUCCUGUGUCUCAGAACUGAAGCAAGCCCCUGUGUGUGGCAGUUCUGCCAAUGUCCUUGGCCUUCUUCCUCUCUGGUCCAUCAAACCAGUGCAUUAACAGUGGUUUUGUGGGGGCAAAGACACCCCAAAUGGCCCAGCCCCUAAGUACCUGCUGACAGUUUUGUAUUUCCCUGCAUAUCUCUGUGCUCUGGAUGGGAUUAGCCCCUGCAGUUUGCCUUAAUCUUUGUUGAGGAAAGGUGGGGAGGCAGGUCACCGUCUUCUGAAAUGAGACCUACAGGUUGGGGUCCUUCACCCUGUUUUUAGGAGCGCCAAAGGCGAUGAGCGCCAAAAUCACUUGGGUACUUCUGAAACUGCCUGUAACCCAUCCCUUUUUAGGAUCCCAGACAAAGAACGUGAGUUUUUGGAAGAGCUGAGCUGCCAGUAGCCCCCCAGGAGGAAGCGGAGCUGUUGGACCCACAGCACUUCUGAAAAAUCACAUUAGGCUGGUCUCAAAGCCAAACCUGAGGCUUCUCUUUUCUUCCCCGUAAAUCUUGGCUUGCAGAGUCCUACUGUACAGCUUUUGUCUCAGACUGCGAAGCUGCCCCAUCCCCAAGCCCAAUCAUUUUAUGGUGAGGAUUAUAAGUCUGGUUUAGUGAUUUCCAUGAGCUGCUGCAGUUGCCUGUGGCUGCCCUGUCCCUGCAAGCCAGUGAGGUCUCGUCGGGGCAGGGGAGCCCUGCAGCCGCGGUUUUGGAAGGCAGCCCUGUGGAGAUGCCUUUCUAAUCCCUCCCAGGUACUUUGGCUCGUACUUAGAAAGGGGGGAGAUGAGAGGAGAAAGGCAAGUGUGCAAUUCACACAUCAGCCUGCAUCAGACCCGGUGCUCGCCUCCCGCGGUCGGCACCCCAUGGAAAUAGUGGCAAGGACUAAAAAGAAACGUCACCAGCGCAUGGUGCUUUACAGAGAGAUUUACUGAAGUUGUUUUGUUGACUGAAAAGCCUGUCCCCAAUUUAUUGUUACUUAAAUUGAAAUCUAAGACAAAAAAGAGAGAGACAUUGACUGUGCUCCCUGCAAAAUUGUAUCUCACUAGGUGGAAUGACCCAAAAGAAUAGUGCAAAAGUUUUGGAAAUAUAACUUAAAUCUUUAGUUUCCCAAUGUGAAGCUGGCUUGAGUUCAGGGUGCAGAUACCUCUGCACUUGGUAUUUUUAAGAAGUGUGCUCUGUGCUUGCAAAUUCCACCUGCCGCUGCCCAACACCUUCAUUUAUCUGUCAGUUCACUCCGCUGUUUGCAAUUCCAGGUUGGUCCCAAUAAGUGGUCUGUGACUAUCGGGGGUCCAGGAGGGGAAGGGGCUCAUCUUGCAGAUAUUUAUAUUGUAUAGAGCAGCUUAUUUCUACAGGAAAAAAAAAAAAUUUUUAAACUCCAACAAAGUAUACAGUAAUUUCAGUUCUGGUUUUUGUGACCUUUUUCAGGGAUCAUUUCAGUGCAUUUCUGUAUAAAAUAAAAAUUUAAGGAAAAAAGAUUUUGAAGUAUAAAAAAAAAUGCAUCUUCUGUACAUAGGCAAACUCAAGAAUCUUCUCUUCAAACACUGUUUCUUGUAGAAACAUGUUGAAAUUUUUUUGCUGAUUUCUUUGUACUUCAAGAGCAUGUAAAUAAUUUAUUAAAAGUGACUAUUGUAAUUUGGAGUUCUUUUUAAACAGAUUCCAGCUCUGAAUCAUGUUGAGGAGAUGGGGAGGAAGAAGGACUAAGUAUAGCAAAGGAGCUGGUGGCAUUUACAGCUUGUGUCAAGCUUUGUAUAAUGUAAAUUCUGUAUAAAUAUGUUUUUUUGUCAAAUAAAUAGAUGGAAUUAGAAGCAUUAAGAAACUGAAGACAAAAAAUUGCCAAGUCAAGGCUUCUUCUUUCCCCCCCCCCGCCCCGACUCAGUCUGAAACCUAAUGUGCAAAAUCUAUUUAUUUCAAGCGAGGAAAUGUGUACAGUCUAAUAGACAACCUAAAAUGUAUUUAAGCGAGUUUGCAACUGGAUUUUUUCAAUUUAAUAUUUGUUUUGUUUUUAUGAGUUUCCUCCUUAAUUGCCACUGUAGUAUUUGUCCAAGUGAAAAGAAACACAUCGUAACGGACACUCUAAAACAAAUGGGCAGUUUUAAAAGCAAAAUGGAAGAACACCUGGCUCCCAAUCAUUGCAGUUUUCUGGUUCUAUAAACAGGUUGUUUUAAUUCACGGUGUGAAAAUAAAGGGCCUCCUUUAAAAGGAGGCAGGUAAAAUGGUUUGCAAUAAAUGAAACAAAAAAUAUUUUCUUUUUUUAAGUUCCUUAAAAAAACAACUCUGCUUUGAAGAUUUAGGAUUUCUGCUUUUUCUUUUGUUAAGCAAAUUUAUAAAUUUAGGGAUGUUUUGUGCAUAUAGAAUCUGUCACCAGUAUGUAUCUUGUUUUGAAGAAAGUGUUUUUGUUGUGGAUGUGUCAUGCUGUAUAUAUUUGUUCAUAUUUUUGUGAAUUGAAUACUAUGUACCAUUGUAUUAUAGUAACUUUUAUAAAGCAAACCAUAAAUAUACUGACUUUUCUUACAGAAAAA